AUGGACAUUCGUGUAGUGGUUGCUAUAGACUUUGGAACCACAUUUUCGGGUUUCGCAUAUGCUAAUCGAUCAAGUCCCGAAAUUAUUACAAAUGAUACAUGGCCUCAACAAAUUGGUCCAUUGAAAACUAAUACAGUUCUUCAAUAUGAUUCCAAUUGUCAAAACGUUAUUAAAUGGGGAAAUCCCGCUUUGGCACAAAGGCAAUCUCGUAGAAGAAGAAAUAUUCCACAAAAUGAAAAACCUCCACUUCCUAGUCAAUUAAAUUAUGAAAAAGCAAUAAGUGAUUAUUUACGCGAAUUAGGAAAGUUGAUUAAGGAAACUAUUUCUACUCGAUGGCAAGGGAUAAAAUUCUUUAAACAUGUUCUUCUUGUUAUAAGUAUUCCAGCGGAGUUCGAUGAUCAUGCGAAAGAUACUAUGAGAAAAUGUCUUUAUAAUGCUGGAUUGACGGACUGUAAAGAAUCAAAGAAAGUUGAAUUUACAACUGAACCUGAAGCUGCUGCAAUUUAUUGCAUGCGAAAUCUUGAAGAACAGAAUAAAAAGAUCCCAAUUAAUGCGUCAUUUAUGGUUGUUGAUUGUGGAGGUGGAACUGUAGAUCUUACAACACGUAAAUUAUUGAGAGAUAACAAACUUAGUGAAAUUACUGAACGAACUGGGGAUUUUUGUGGUGGAGCUUAUGUCGACAGAGAAUUUAUUAAAUUUCUUAGACGUAAACUUGGUGAAUCGACUAUAAAUCUGCUUAAAGAAAAUAAUUAUGGUCAAAUGCAAUACAUGAUACAACAAUUUUGUCAAAAAUCGAAAUUUCAUUUUACUGGAAAUAUAAAUGAUUUUAAUUCUUAUGAAUUUGAUAUUGAAGAAAAUUGUCCCAUUUUGAAACAAUAUUGUAAUGAUGAAAUUAAAGAAAAAAUGGAAGAUGAUGAUUGGAUUAUUGACAUAAAUUUUGAAGAUAUAAAAUCUAUGUUUGAUCCAGUUAUUGGAAAAAUUAUUAGAUUAAUUCGUGGGCAACUUAAUUCUAGUAAGAAUAAAUGUUCUGCUAUAUUCCUUGUCGGAGGAUUUAGUGAAUCAAAAUAUUUACAAAUGAGAGUUAAAGAAGAAUUCGGAAAAUUAGUUCCAUUAAUUAUUGUCCCAAAGCAACCUAUUUCAGCUAUUGUUCGCGGAGCUUGUGACUAUGGACUCGAAAUGAGUACGAUAGUGGAUCGUACUUUGAAAUAUACUUAUGGAAUUAAAACUCAUAGAGAAUGGGAAUUAGGAGAUCCAAUAAAUCGAUUGGAAAAUGUUAAAGGGGAAGAUAAUCCUCUGAUUGAGAUAUUUGACCCUAUGGUUACACGAGGUACAAAUGUAGAAGUUAAUCAGGAAUUUUCUGAAACUUAUAUACCUUUUAAGCCAAAUCAAAAUGGGCUUACAUUUCGAAUAUAUAUUACAACUAAAUUAAGUGCUAAAUUUUGUGAUGAACCUGGUGUGAAAUUACUUGGUACAUUAAGAAUAGACUUACCAGAUGCUCAUCUCGGAAAAAGUCGUGAGGUCGAAUGUUCGCUAAUUUUUGGAAAAAUGGAACUUGUUGUUAAGGCAAAAAAUUUACUGAAUGGAAAAAUCUAUAAUACUUGUUUUGAUUUAGAUUUUAAAAAUUAA